AUGACACUUAAAUUCGAGGAGUUUCCAUAUCUAAGCAAACAGAACUGCACAGAGCUUAUAAUCAACUUCGUCACAUACGUACCUUUUCGUGUCGUUCAAAUUUUUCAAACAUCCUUAUCUGUCAUGUCGAUCCCUAUACUGCUUUUUGUUAUCAGAAAGUAUAUUUACGGUUCAAGUUUUCACCUUAAUAUCAAGAUAAUAUUUAUACUUUAUUAUUCAUUCGCUACUGGACACGCUAUGGUCAAUGCAUCCAUGCAGAUCUAUCAGAUAAUACGUUCAAUGCUACCCGACCCGUGCAAAGCGUUUCCCACCCGGGUCGAAUAUGAAACGUUCAAUCUUUCCCUUGCUUCUAUGACCAUUGGAGUGGUAGCUAUACAAUUGGCAAUACUCUUCGAGAGAGCCGUGGCAACUUUUUGGGUGCAUAACUACGAGAAACAUGAUAUUAGGUACGGAGUCCUGUUCUCUUUUAUAUCUCUCUCCGUCAUCGUUAUAAUCCUGUGUACAACCUAUCGUCACGAGGAUUUUGAUGAGUUGACCGCAUCAAUGCUUAAUACUCCAUCGUCAACUGCUCCACGGACCAAUCGCAUGUUCAUUAUUCUUGGUGGAAUGAGUGUUUUUGUAAUUAUUGGUAUGCAGAUGUUACUUCGAAUCAAUAAGAGAACUCGUAGAUGUGCUCCAAAAUCGCUGUCGUCACGGUACCAAACAUUGGAGAAUUUAUUUAUCACACAAUUUGCCACUUAUCUUUCCUUACUGCAAGUAACAAUCUACGUAUUGUAUAGUCUUGGUGGACUUGGUAUGCGAACAGCCCGUUAUGCAUUAUUCGGCGACGACGAAAUUGCCUUUGGAGCAGCGAGAGGGAUUUUUUAUUUGAUUCCGCUGUUCACAUUUCUUCUUCCUCUGCUCACCAUAUAUCUGCUUAGAAAACAUCACACUGAACGAGAAUCUUCUAUUAACUUUAUCAUUACUAUGAAGAGUACCGGCAUGGCCGGUGCACAAAAUUACCACGAUGUGAUAACGAGGGCAUGGCUCGAAUAA